GAUUCAUUGUUUUGUUUGAGUUGAAUUAAUUUUAGUUUAAUGCUCAGCAAUUGCAGUCUGCUUUUAUUAUUUAUUUUAUAACUUUGCUUUCAACAUAAUGCCAAAUUUUGUGAUAACCAUAAACGUAUUAACAUUGAAUAUAUGGGGUAUACCGAUUAUAUCAAGUGAUAGAGAAACUAGAGUAUAUGGGAUUUGUGAUGAAUUAAGUUCAGGUAAAUAUGAUAUCGUAUCACUACAGGAAGUUUGGUCAAAAUCAGACUCUGAACUGAUUGUGCAGCGAACAAAAACUGUUCUUCCAUAUGCUCAUUACUUUUAUAGUGGUGUUAUGGGAGCGGGGUUACUUGUUCUUUCGAAACAUCCAAUUGUUUCUGCCUUUUUUCACGCUUGGUCUGUUAACGGGUACUUCCAUCGCAUACAGCAUGCAGAUUGGUUUGGUGGGAAAGGAGUUGGACUGUGCAAAAUAAAGAUUGGAGGUCACGUGAUUCAUCUCUAUAAUGCACAUUUACAUGCUGAAUAUGAUAGUAUAAAUGACGAUUAUAAAACUCAUCGCGUCAUACAAGCUUUUGAUACCGCACAAUUUAUUGAAGCAACGCGCGGAAAUUCAAUUCUGCAAAUACUAGCGGGUGAUUUAAAUACACAACCUCAAGACAUAUCAUACAAUGUUCUCUUACAAAUAUCCAAUAUGUUCGAUAGUUGUUCUUCGGAUACUGUAGCUACUAAUGAAUGCAAUCGGAAUUCUUAUACAUCCAAACAUUCUCUUGCUCAUAAUCCCCUUGGAAUUCGAAUUGAUCAUAUAUUUGUACGCAGUGCUGAGCGAGUGGAAACAACGGUUUUAGAGUACGGUUUAGCUUUUCCAGAUCGUGUACCAGGUCAUAAAUUCAGCUUCUCAGAUCAUGAAGCUAUAUCGACGAAAUUGCAAAUUAAUUUACGAAAUAAUGCUAUGGACUUCGAUAGCAACACGAAAAAUUGUUACAAUACUGAUAUUAGUACAACACAUUUAAAUAUACAAAAAAUAUAUACCAAACCAAUAUGCAGUGAAGCAAUAUCCAAACGUAUUUCUCUGCUACAAGAGUCCAUAGAAUUGUGUUCGACAUCACUGAAACAUUUAAAAACAGAUCGUAUAUAUUAUUACUUAGGUGCAUUUAUACUAACUUUUAUUUUAGUGGGAAUAGUUGAAUUUUUUGUGCCAAGUAAAAUAAUGUAUUUAUGGAUAAAAUUCCUAUUCUUUGGUGCAAUCUUGUUUUGCACAUUUAUGGGUUCUAUUUGGAAUGAAAUUGAGCGAAAUGGUGUAUUGUCAGGUAAGACAGCAAUGGAAAUAAUGCUACGUGAUAUAACUCAGCCUGUGGAAUAAUAAAUUAUCAACAUUUAUUUGUUAAAAAAAGCUCAAUAACUUUUAAAAUCAUAUGAAAUAUAUGAGAAAUAUAUUGUAUCACAUCAUUUACAUGUUAAUAAAAUUGAAAUUUUGUUCUAAUAAGGUAUUCUCACAAAUUGUUGUAGGCCUUGAUAAUGCGAAUUCCUUAAGUGGCAAUCAAAUAAAAAUUGGAUGCACAUCAACAAAAAAAAAAAAUAAGGAAUUAUGUGUUAACGA